UGCAACUUUGUGGAAGCUGUUGCCGCGAAGGGCGGGUCUUGUUUUUGGUCAGCGUAUGUCUGCGCGCUACAAUGUUUAGCUCAGUUUAACUCACUUUACCGAGUCAAACUGGUCAAACCACGUCAAACAUCUCUUCGCAACGCCGUCGACGUCGCAUUUUUUGCUCAGGACGAGCGUAGCUACCCCUACGUUAUGGGUUCGCCGUUACUAAGAGACGGUGGCGAUUUGCUUCAGCAAGUAAGCGCUGACAAUCUUGAGUUGCUAGAACAGAUUGGCUUGUUUUUGUCCCUGGAAAAAGUUGAACACGCGGACAAGUUCUACAAAACGGUAGUUGGUGCGAGGCUCCUCCAACACCUCUGGAAGAAGCUCAGCAGAGAAGACGAGAUUGAAGCACACAGGAAUGAAGCUCUGCUUGCCAUAGCAGAAUAUGUCAAGAAAAACCCAAGAGCCACAGAAGAACAAAUCCUCAAAGAGGUACAGACCCAGAUAGACGCAUUCGUUCAGAAGAUCCAGUAACCCACCUGAAGUGCUGCCUUUCCACUGUGAUUCCCAUACUGCCUACUUCUUCACUGCAGCAUGUUGUGCAGUCAACUUGGGCACAAACAAAACAAAUGCAGGAAGUGCAUUGAUUGCAUAGCUUUUAUUCUCCGUGUUCCAAAACCAUCACGACACACAGACCUUUGCAUACGUGAUUUGAUUCAGCGUAAGAUCCCAAACUCUUUUCAAAAGUUAGCUGCAGAUUUGUCAAGUGGAGGAGUUUCUUGCCAUUCCACUUUACUAGUCAUUAAUCGUAAAAGAAAAAAAUACUUUGCUAAGCUGUUCUUCCACGACAUUCAGACAGCAAUGAAAAGAGAAGCUACAAAAAAAAAAAAAAAACUGCAAGGCUGUAAUUUGUCACUGAUACACAGAGGCUCAAAACAAAUUUGAAAAAGCUUUUUUUUUUUUCAUUUCAUUGGCCACUGCAGUGCUGAUCGCCUUGUUGCAGUUCCGAUUGCUAUCAUCAGUGGCUGUCACUUGGAUGCUAAUUCUCUUGCAAGAGAAAUUCGAAAUUUCGCAAAUAGCACAGGUUGUGCAUUUCAAAUAGCUUUCUGGAAAAAAAAAAACAUUAAUCUGCAGCUUACCACAUGAGGCACUGUCCUCGUUACGUAUACAACUGUUUGUACAUGUCUUCGUGAUGCCGUUCUUAAGUAUAUUAUCUAUCUCGAAAUGAUAAAAAAAAAAGAGAACACAGGAACAACCUUUUAAACUCUGUGGCACUACUGUAACACGCAACAAAAAUACACGCUCAUCUGUUGUAAGGCACAAAAGGUCUCUUUAUAUGUGGCACAUGUGUGAUUGUUUGUUGUAUGUAUGUAUAUGAAAAGAGAAAUAUAUAGGAAUACUACUUG